UUGCUGCUGGGGGAAGAGAGCGGUUGGGUACUGUUACCUUCUCAGCACAAUUAUGCACGUUUAAGUCAUGUAAGAAGCUCUGUAAUGUCAAAAGAACAGGAUAAAGAUACCUUCUCGCUCAAAAGAAACCGAGGUAGAGAUGGUGGGCUUGAUGAUCUAGGAGGGCCGGGUGUUCUGCUGGAUAGCCCAGACAAGAAAAAGUGCAAGUCGAACGCACAGGCCCAUUUCUUCGCUCCCCUAUCUGAGUAUGCUCCACCACCAAACCGAAGUGCUGACCACCUAGUGGCUACCAAUCCUUUUGAUGACAACUACAGCACACCAUCUUUCAAGCCUCUGUCCUCUGGGAACCCAUAUUUUGGCCACCCGCACUACCCUGGCUGCAGUGGCUAUGGCCUGCCCAGGAUGGACCACCUCAUGCCCAAUAGGAUGCCCUCUUCUUACAGGGGUCCCUACCAGAUACGAAACCAGCUCCACCCUUUUGCCCAGACUCAAAUGGGCAUGGGGUUCAAUCGACCCCCUGACUUUAACUAUGGUUACCAUGAAAAUCCCAAUUAUGGUAACCAUCCACCAUUAAGCAACAACAGUAACAUGCCACUUCCACCCAAUCAGCCUUUAAGACCAGGUCCCCAUGACAACUUGAAUCAGGUGCAUCUGCAUAAUGUGACCCAAAGCACUUCUCCUGACAUGGGCCUGAGCUUUAGAUCAGCAGUCAAUCCAAUUGGGAAUCCACCUCCCCAACCCGGCAUGGACCCUAGUCCUGGUUUUACUCGGCAACAGCAAAACAACAGCUUUACCCAGUCCAAUACACCGACACCUAAACAGGACAUGAGUGAGGUGGUGUCAAGCAAAAGUACAUCCCAGAACACAUCUCCACGGAAACGAAGCCAUGGCUCAGAGGAGAUCAUGGGUCAGAAAAACUCUGUCGACCUGAAAUCAAAGAAUAGAGGCGCCCUGGUCUGUCAGGGUGCAGGUCAGCCUAACACCACAGAGAAAAUCAACGGCAUCAUCCACCCCAAUAAUGAUUCCCUGAAGAAGUCCCCACAGUCAGGCAGGCACAUGGAGGCAGCCCCCCUGGAGCGGAGUAGAAGCAAUGGAGGUGGUGGUGUGGCCAUCAAUAAGACAUUGAUGCAUCCCAACAGGCCUAGCCACUCCACCACGGAGCCUGUGUUUCCAUGUGGAGUAUGCCUGAAUGAAGUGAAUGAUGACCAGGAAGCUAUCCUGUGUGAGGCCUCGUGUCAAAAAUGGUUCCACAGGGUUUGUACUGGAAUGACUGAGACAGCUUAUAACCUGUUGACAGCAGAGGUGUCGGCAGUGUGGGGCUGUGACAUCUGCAUGGAGGAGAAAGGGGCACAGCUCCAUAGAACAAAGGAGGUAACAGGGCAGCCAGCAGGGCAGCAGCCAACAGUUAACAGCGAGUGAUAUGGUCAUGAAUAUGGGCCGUCAGUAACAUUAUUCUAUCUUACACUGGUAAUUUUCUUUGGUAUGCUUCCUUUGUAGGUGAUUUUUCCUUACGUUUUUACAAAGGGUUACAUUUUUACCAUUUUGUUGUUUUAUUUGAUAUUUGGUAUAAUUUGGAUAGCAGUUUCUGUCCCGUGCUUAGACCGAUGCAAAAGCUAGACUGAAGUUCUGUUUAAUGUCAUAUGUAUUCCCUAUUAUUGGGCAGGUACCAUUGACCAUGUUGACCACAAUAAUGCCAUUCUCUUAACGAGGUCCUUACUGUUCCUCUCAACUUUCCUGGCCUAUAGUUUAUUUAAGCUAUUACAACAUCAGUAUGAGUAAGCUAUCCGGAAAGGUUAACUGAUUGACGGAUGCAAACGCAUUCAAUGUUUUAAUCCGAUAUGUUUUGCAACUGCUGUUAUAGUUUGACAGAUUUUGAGCAGUAUGAUUGUUUCCCAAAAACUUGAUAGUCACAGCUGGAGUGGUGUUCCAAAGCCAUACACCUGUACUGUAUGCUAUACAACCAGAUUUGGAUCUGAUACAUUUUUUAGAAAUUAUUCGAUACAUGUGGGUCGUUCCACAAAGUUUACAACUUGGAUAAAUCUUAAGGUUUAGUGGGUUAAUAUCUCCCUGGAAGUCAGAGAGUGCACGGAGGAACAUGUCAAAAUUGUGGCACUUUAGCAAGUCUUUAUUCAUAUUAAAAAUCAGAUUUGUUGAAUUCUCCAUGUGGUUUAUAUUAAAGGGCACUUUGAAUAUAACAGCCUUUUAAAAUUCAAUAUUGGUGCACAAUUUCUAAUUAAAAUAUCAAAGGGAUGCAAAAGGCACUAAUUUCGUGGAACAAUCCAUGUGUGUUUUUCAAACUGUUGAUAUUGAAUGUAUUUAGAGCCUUAAUGAAUUUAGUUUGUAAAACAUUAUGCAGAAUCAAAUCAAAUGUAUUUAUAUAGCCCUUCGUACAUCAGCUGAUAUCUCAAAGUGCUGUACAGAAACCCAGCCUAAAACCCCAAACAGCAAUCAAUGCAGGUGUAGAAGCAUGGUGGCUAGGAAAAACUCCCUAGAAAGGCCAAAACCUAUGAAGAAACCUAGAGAGGAACCAGGCUAUGAGGGGUGGCCAGUCCUCUUCUGGCUAUGCCGGGUGGAGAUUAUAACAGAACAUGGUCAAGAUGUUCAUAAAUGACCAGCAUGGUCAAAUAAUAAUAAUCACAGUAGUUGUCGAGGGUGCAGCAAGUCAGCACCUCAGGUGCUGAACAGUUGAACCUGGAGCAGCAGCACGGAUUACGCUCAUUUAAAUGAACCUAUUAUAUAAAAGACAUGUUAUACUCUAAAAAUGUUUUUAGCAUGUGUGCACUUUGCUUUGCUCUAAUUGUAUUAUUUUUGCGCCAACAUGAUGCAUUUAAAUCAACAUUUCUUUAUAUUUUGUUUUUAGGAAAGGUAAAAUAAUAUGAUAAUUAGUAAUAAGAGACAUGCUAUUUGCAUAAAGGGAAAAUAACCUUGGUUCAAAAUAAAACUUCUUUGUCAAAUUAUAGUUUCAAGCAUGGCUUCCAUUUUUGCUACUAGGGAAGGCAGUUUUAGAAGUAGUUUAAAGUACACUAAAUAUAUUUUCAAAUGGUUUGAUUUUCUCAUGUAGAUUUGUCUUACUGUUUGGAGAACUUUUCAUUAAGUUCGAUAUUGCAAUAUUUUGGUGAUUCAACUAUUUUCUAAAUUUCCCGCCUACUUUCUAUGGGAGGACAUUGCUCAAGUUAGGCUUCGGCCCAUCAGACAUAAAUAUUGGUAGUUGAUAUUGAUCAGAAAUUUGUUUUCAUAUUGUCAGUCAUUAAAAAAAAAAAACUUCUAUAAAACAAAUCAAAACUACUGAUCAAAACUACUCAACAACUUUUUUAACUACUCAAUGUGGCAUUGUGAAUGUUUACAGUACUGUGCUCAAUUUUGUAUAAUGUAAUUGUAUCAUUGUUUGCUUCCUUUUUGAACUGGUAUGAACGAGCAGUUAAUAUUUACUGUUGAUUCAGUUCUAACAUCAGCAUCAACAGCCGUACAAGUGUUUUGAUACAUCAUUACUUCCAGAUAUUUUGCUUAAUAUAUCAAGUGAAAAAACUGCAUUUGUAUGUUGUUGACUGUUAAUUUUUUUGCCAUUUGUGAUGUAGCUGAAUAUUGUGUGAUCAAAAUAUUGAUAAUGUUUAUAGGAAUAAUAUAUUAUUUUCCCAUUCCAACUGAAUUGAUAAUGGUUUUGAAUCCAGUUUUAUUCGAUUUAACACAAAAAUGGUCAUGUACCAACAUUUUAUUUCAUUUCAGAAGUACAUUCCUUACAGAAUAACAACUCCACUUACAUAUCUCGUUGUUUGCAAAGUGCAGUUAGCUUGAUUUUCAAGUUCAUUUUUAAAUACUAGAUGAUUGACAGCAGAUGCCUUAUUUUCUUGACAGUUUAAAAUGUUGUUUAUUAGUAAAUGUAAUGUAUGAAUAACCUGUAUGCUCACUGUACAUGCACAUGAACUGUUUGUACUUUUCCUACAUCGAUUAGCCACCAAAAAGGAUAUAAUUUUCAGAUGAGCACCUUAUUAUAUUACCUUUAGAAUAUUGAAUGUACCGGUACAUGAUAUCAGAUGUUAAUUUCAGUCAUAAUUACAACAAUGUUAUUGUGGUUUUAUGAAAAUUAUGCAGAGGUAUAUAUAAAAAUAAAAGGCAAACGACUCAAUUGUGAGGUCUGGUAGUAGAUUAGAUAUGAGCCUCUGUAGCAUGAACAAUAUGGUUUAAUUUCUUCAAUGACCCAAAGCUUAAUUUGUUUUGUAUUCUGUUCCUUAUAAUGAAUGUAUGCAGUAAUAGUACAGAUUCCAAACUUUUUUUCUAAAUUGACAAACAUUUUAUUGUAAAACUUAUUUUAAUAAAAACAACUUUGAAAUCGUG